GGGCCCGCGGAAUAAAGCGCGGUGCCGCGGCGGAGGCAGAGGAAAGGAGGCGACUCAGGCGAGGGAGUACGGGCGCGGCCAUGGCGGACAAGCCGAGCCGCGCGCUGGUUCUCUACGCCGCCGGCCACGCCGCGCUGCUCACGCCUACGGGGGCCUCCUCCGCUGCCGCGGGGAGCCACCUCGACGCGUUCGCCUCCCGCGCCUCCUGCGGCUUCCUCACCCUCCGCUCCCCGCCGACCUCCCCUUCCACGACCGGUGCCGAGGAGAAUAGCAGCACGAUUCUGGAACUGGCGCAGCUGCUCGACGUGUACGAUCAUCUGUAUCCUGGAAAGAAUGUGGAAACUGGACAGGAAGUUGCCCAAGUGGAUCCACAGGAGCUAGUAGUUCCCAAGCUGUCUGAGAGGUUUAUGGGGCUGAGAGCUGCCAUGGUCACAAAUUGCCCCCGCAUCAGCUCCUUUGCAGCAAAUCUUGGUUUCCAUGUUUUCCAAACCAAUGAUUUUGCCGCACAGUUUGGCUCAUCCAGUGUUACUAAGGAGGUUGGAGUAAUCAACCGAGCGUUUGGUCUGCUAGGAUUCUCGGAUGGGAAUGUGCAGGAAGCAUCUGAAUUCGAUCUAGUAUUUAUGCAUGUUGCCAUGGAGAAUACAAGCAGCAAGUUGGGGAAAUUAGGAAUGAAGGCCGAUCUAAAUCGGCUUGAGAAAUUAGUGGGCGCAAUCAUGGAUGCUGCACCCAUUGGUUCAGCGAUUGCUUCCCGUAUUCAUGUAUCUCUGAUAUUGAGCUAUGGAUCUGCUUCUGGAAAUAAGGAUGAGUUUUCCAUAUUAACCUCUUCAACCGAAACAGACUCGGACUUGAAUCUGCUGCGCCCCCGCCAGAGCUAUACCAUGAAAGCAGGACAUGCAUUAGAGGAUGUCAGACUUCAUCAUCCAAUUCUGCUGGCACAGUGGCAGGAAGGAGUAACGCGUGUUGAUUUGGUAAAAGUGUUCUCUUUUGAAGAAUUUAUGAAGCAUGGUGGGAACCUUGCUAUGCUUGCUGAGCGCUUUCUGCCUGAGGUGGCAUUUAAGCUCUGGAAGGCACCUAAAUAUGGGGCAUAAGGAUAUCCACCGUUGACAAGGAGAUGGAUAAAUAAAAGAAACCCUGGAUGAGUUUUUGCUUUCAAACGGAAACAAAGGAAUAAUUAGGCAAGCAGACAUGUGAGCUUAGAUAUGAGGAGCACUCUGCACAGAUGCUAAUCAGAUAAAGUGUUGGAGAUUGUUACUAAGCAGUCAAUGAAGAUUUGUAGCAAAACGAUACGAGGCUUUCUUACGGCAGAGCUCCCAGGACUUUUGUGCAAUGAUUCCCUGCUUAUGUAAUGUAACCUAUACUUUUUCUAACAUGGUGGCUGUUUCUUCUGUGACCUCAGUGUCCUACUUGUA